ACAAGCAACCCACAACCACUCAACAUGUUCAAGUUGGCUGUUCUCGCCGCUAUCCUGGCUGUCGCCACCGCCGCUCCUGGUGGUCUUACCGGCAUCGUAGGUGACCAUGGAAUUGGCCCGAUCACGGCUCCAGUGGUUCUCAGCCAUGCCCCGGCCCUGGCUGCUGCCCACGUGAUCGCUCAACCCGUCGCCCCCAUCGUCCGCACCGCUCCCAUCGUCACCAAAGCCGUGCUGACCGCCCCCGCACUGCCCCUGCUUUCUCAUGGCUUGCAUUAGAUGACAGCUGAUUCUAUCCUUCUACCACCAAGUCACGACGAGACAGCCCCAUAGAAAAACACAUACACAUACACACACAUACACCUUCCCUCCCGUCCGUCCGCCACCCCUCAAUUCCGAUCGUCCCCCUCUUCAAAACCAAAAGAAAACGAAGAAGCGAAGGAAAGACGACUAGCCGGACGAUGCUGGAGCGACGAAAACGAAGAAAACCAUGAAAAAUACUUCUCUUCGGCAAUCAACAUCGAGGACACGCUUAUCCAGGCCCGGCAGAAAUUCGGGACGCAUCCAAAUUCCCGGCUUGGAUCGAAUCCGCUAGCAUCUUUCCUUUCGGGAGCAUCCGCGGCUCCGUGAUCAUCUGUGUAAUUCGGACAUUCGCAUCAAGAUCAUUGCACCAUCAUCCAGGACCCCUCCCCCUUUGGUCAU